GUGCACAGGUGAGUUCCAGCAGGUGAAAACAGACACAAAAUAUUUCAUCACAUUACGGUUCACUCAUAAUGAAGGAAAUCUAAGGAAAAAAUCGAAAUCCCCCAACUUCACUUAAAAAGAAAGAUCACAAAAAUGAACAAAAAACAUUAAAAUUGUCACAAAAUUCGUCUUUUCUUGUUUUUAGAGGCAUUUCUAUCUAAUAUUUUGUUUCAAAUAUACGUUUAAAUUCAUCCAAACUCUAUAAAAACAAUAAAACAAUAACCCCCCUUGUAAAAGCGUGUAGAAAUGCCCCUCUGCAUGGAAAAUCUCUCCAAAUUUACGCACGCGGAGGAGAAAAAACGCACAAGGGUUUUUCUGAAAAUCUGAAAAAAAUUCAAACUUCAAACUGUAAAAAGGGAGGGUUGAAAAAAAGAAAAAGGAAAACAACAUAAACAGCACGCGAUCCGCCCGUGAAUGCACGCAUCGGGAGCGAGCAGAGGCGAAAAAAGCGUCAAAAAUGUCCAGAAUUUGCCGCGCGCAGGACGGUUUGGAAGGAGGCGCCGCGCUCCUUAUUAAGCCGCAGAUCCAAUAUUUAUUCCGGGUCUCCUGGGGACGUUCCGCUCCGUCUAUUGUCCUCCCAUUCCGCGCUGCUGCUGCUGAUGCUUCAUUUUCAAAACUUCCAUAUUACCAAGGGACCUACGACAUCAGCCGAGAAAUACCCCUGCAAGUACAAAAUCCGCGCGCCAGCCCCGUCCGUGCAGAGGGGAGCCAGCAUCCGCCGCUUCCAAGAGCGCGAGAGGAGGGACUUUGGCUAUUUUUACUGGGUUUUUUCUGGGGGGGGGGACAUUUGAAGACUUUUUAUUAUUGCUGUUAUUCUCACUCAGCCGGCCUCGCUACAUAGGAGAGGAAAUAAAAGGGAUUUUUUUUUUCUGGGGGAGAAAGCACAAUGUCAGCGACCUUCCCUGGACUUGUCCACGACGCAGAGAUACGUCACGACGGAUCAAACAGCUACCGGCUCAUGCAGCUCGGCUGUCUGGAGUCCGUGGCCAACUCCUCGGUCGCUUACUCCUCCUCCUCGCCGCUCACCUACCCGGCGCCGGCGGGGACGGAGUUCGCCUCGCCCUACUUCUCGGCGAACCACCAGUACACGCCGCUGCACCACCAGUCCUUCCACUACGAGUUCCAGCACUCCCACCCGGCCGUGGGCCCCGAGGCCUACGGCCUCAACUCGCUGCACUCGGGCCAGUACUACCAGCAGAUCCACCACGGCGAGCCCGCGGACUUCAUCAACCUGCACAGCGCGCGCUCGGCCCUCAAGUCCUCGUGCCUGGACGAGCAGCAGCGGCGCGAGCUGGGCUGCCUCGACGCUUACCGGCGCCAUGAUUUAUCGCUGAUGACGUCACACGGCUCGCAGGCCUACGGCGUCGGCAUGCACCACCCGGACCAGAGGCUGCUGCCCGCCGCCGGCCUCGGCCUCCCUCCGCCCGCGGCGGACGACCUGCAGGGCUCCGUGGAGGCGCAGUGCGGGCUCGUGCUGAACGGCCAAGGGGGCGUCAUCAGGAGAGGGGGGACGUGCGUGGUCAACCCCACAGACCUGUUCUGCUCGGUACCGGGCCGCCUCUCCCUGCUCAGCUCCACCUCAAAGUACAAAGUCACCAUUGCUGAGGUGAAGAGACGACUGUCGCCGCCAGAGUGCCUCAACGCCUCCCUACUGGGGGGCAUCUUGCGCAGAGCCAAGUCCAAGAACGGCGGCAGGUGUCUGCGUGAAAAACUGGACCGCUUAGGCCUCAACCUGCCGGCAGGACGACGGAAAGCGGCCAACGUCACGCUCCUCACCUCCCUGGUGGAAGGUGAGGCGCUCCACCUGGCGAGGGACUUCGGCUACACCUGCGAGACAGAGUUUCCCAGCAAGGCGGUGGGGGAACAUUUGGCGAGGCAGCACAGCGAGCCCAAAGAGACAAGCGCGCGCAAGAAAAUGGUGCUGGCAACAAAGCAAAUCUGUAAGGAGUUCCAGGACUUGCUGAGCCAAGACCGCUCUCCUCUGGGCUCCUCUAGACCCACCCCCAUCCUGGACUUGGACAUCCAGAGACACCUCACACACUUCAGCCUGAUCACUCACGGCUUCGGCACGCCGGCGGUCUGCGCCGCCCUCAGCACCUUCCAGACGGUCCUGAGCGAGAUGCUCAACUACCUGGACAAGAACUCGAGCGGCAAAACCGCCAACGACCAGCAGAUCAGCAACAGCUCGGAAAAGUCGCAGCAGCUGCGGAAAACAGCCGAGUCGCAGAGCAAAGACGGAAAAUCGGAAAAGACUGAGUAGCACCCCCACCCCCACCCCCAGAAACCCCCGCCCGGCUGGUCCCCGUGCCUUGGAGCGCUGCAUUUAGGAAUGUGAGAGUGCGUGCGAGCAUCCUCCUGUCUGACGACGCAGGCCUUUGGCUGUUCUCUAACUCACGUCGAUGUGCUACGGUGGCCCUGAAGUUCAAAUCACACCAACAAAUCACUCAAUGCAAAAACAUUAAAGAUCACAACGACAAUUAAAAAGGCAAAACAAAUACCAAAAAAUGAUACAUUUUAGUCAUCAAAACAC